CUAGUACUGCACACCCCACGUGUGUCUAUGACACGUGCGAAUCACCCUCCAAUAGCAUCAACAUCUUUGCCUGUCCACUUAUUGGACUGUAGUGCCCACAAUGUCUGCAUGCCCACCUAUUUACUACUCUCCCUGCAAUACAAAACAAACUUCUCUCUCAUGAUGAUUCAAUAAGAGAGAGAAAUAAAUAUAUAUACAUAUAUAUAAUUAGCAGCUGAGAGAGAGCUAGAGAGAGAGAUUGUGUGUGUUUUUUCUUUGAUUCAAGUUUUAUAUCUCUUUCUAUUGUUUUUCAUUUGCCAAUUUACAGCGAGCGAUCAAAGACCAAUAUGUUUGAUGGUGUGUCGUCGUCGAGUAGUGAGCAGUUCCACCAAUUCAUGGCGGCAAGAACAACAUCAUCUUCUUCGUCACUAAUAGCCAAUAAUUAUCCUCUGAUGUCGUCUUUCAGUAAUCUUCAUCAUCAUCAUCAGGAAAACCCAUCAUCUAAUUUCUCUGCUGGUUUUGAUAAUACAUACUCUUCUUCUUCACCUUCUCUAGUACUGCACCACCACCACAACCACCACCACCACCAAGAAUCAUCGCCCCCCAAUAACAACACCACCACCAAAGAGGACACUGAUAUUGAUGUUGAUGUUGAUGUUGAUGUGAAGCAUGUUGUCAUCGGAUCCAUAGAUCCAUGGUCCGAUGAAGAGGUCCUUGCCCUUCUCAGACUCAGAUCCACCAUGGAGAUUUGGUUCCCCGAUUUCACUUGGCUACAUAUUUCAAGGAAACUUUCGGAGCUCGGGUUCAAAAGGAGCGCAGAGCAGUGCAAGGACAGGUUCGACCAGGAAACCAAACACUUGAAUACUAGUACUAAUGUUAACUUCAACAAGAACAACUACAGGAAUAUUCUAAUGAGCGAACUCGACGAAUUUUAUCCCCCCGCUGAUCAAGAACAACCUCCGGUUUCACCUCCAAAACAGAUCGAUCAGAAAUUAUUGUACAAGAACGUUAAUGUGGAAUUAGAAAGUGAAGCGAAUUUAGCACCUAACCCAUCUCAAGAAAGUGAAGAUGCAGUAAUAAUGACGACGACGACAAAGAAACCAAUUAAUAAGAGGAGGAAGAAGAAAAGGAAAGACAAGUUUGAGAUAUUCAAGGGUUUUUGUCAGGCAGUGGUGAACAAGAUGAUGGCCCAACAAGAGGAUUUGCACAACAAGUUGAUCGACGAUAUUGUGAAGAGGGACAAGGAAACUAUUGCCAGGGACGAAGCUCGAAAAAACGAAGAGAUGGAAAGGUUGAAGAGGGAGAUGGAUGUAAGGGCCAAGGAGCAAGCCAUUGCUAGAGAGAGGCAGGCUGCUCUUAUCGAAUUCUUGAAGAAAUUCACAUCCCAAGAAGAUGAAGAUGAAAAUAUUGUCAACAACGAAGCUUUCAAUUCUUUCGUUACUUCAUCAGUACUUUGUCCUGACAAAGAAACAGCGGCCGCAGCCUCAUCAACUACUACUACUACUGCUACUACUACAACUAUCUUAACCGAACUACCGAGACAGAUUUAUAAGACUCCAUCUCCGGUUAAUAUCGUCCACGAAGAAAGAGGUGGUGGAGACUUGGGCAAGAGAUGGCCGAGAGACGAAGUGUUGGCACUGAUAAACCUGAGGUGCAAGCUGAGUGGCAGCAGUAGUAGUAGUAAUAGUAAUGAAGAUGUUGAACAUGGAGAGAUGGUGAGUGCAGCAAAGGGAAUACCUCUGUGGGAGAGAAUAUCACAAGGGAUGACGGAAUUGGGUUACAAAAGGAAUGCGAAAAGAUGCAAAGAGAAAUGGGAAAACAUCAACAAAUAUUUCAGGAAAACAAAAGAUAGCAACAAGAAGAGGUCUAUUAACUCAAGGACGUGUCCUUACUUUCAGCAGCUCACCUCUUUAUACAGCCAACCUGGAACAGUUUUACUUGUGGGGCCCCCAACUAAUAAUAUUAUUAAUAAUGUCCCGGAAAAUUAAACCAGUAGUAGAUACACUAUGCCCCUUUAUUAAUUUUAUUUCAACUCCAUCGGCUUCUAUUCUAAGUUUUGCUUCAUCACUGAGCUUAUAAUUCCCUUUUUCUUUUCUUUUUUUUGUGAAAGACUAAAGUGUUAUUUUAGAUUAUGUAAGUUAUUCGCUUUCAUUAUUUAUUUUAUUCUCUAGCUAAUUUAA